CUCGGACACGUACGAAUCACUUAUAGUUUUAAUACAGAACCGUGUAAGAAUACAUGUACAGAGUGUUAAAAUUGUGGGCAAUAUUCCUGAGGAACACCAUGGCUCGUUUGCCGAUUACGAGUUUAGCGAUAUGCAUCGCUAUUUUUGCCGUAUCUAGUUUCGGUCAGCGACAAUCUUUCGCUUCACGCCCCCAGGUACAAACGGAUUUUGAACGUAAUCAACAAUACCAGACCAUACAACAAACCCCUCCACGCGGAGCGUCUUCCUACAAUUGCCCGGAGAGAAAUGGGAGAUUUCCUAUCCCAUCGCAAUGCGACGCGUACAUCGAAUGCAUCGACGGUAUCGCCGAGGAGAAACUAUGCCCAGAGGGGUUGUUAUUUAAUCCUGAAGCCCGCUUUAACUACCCCUGUGGUUAUCCAAUCGACGUGAGCUGCGAAGGUCGACCAAAUCUUCAGCCGUCAAAACCUACCGAAGACUGUCCUCAUCAGUACGGUUACUUCAAGGUCGGCGACCGUGUCAACUGUGGACAAUUUAUGAAUUGUGCCGACGGUAGAGGUUACAUUUUUGACUGUCCAGAAGGUCUUGCCUUCAACGCCGAAACCUACCGUUGCGAUUGGCCUGAUCAAGUAAACGAUUGCGACGCCGAAGCAUUCUUGGGAUUCUCUUGCCCUCCGGCUGGCGAAGGUAUCUUCAGGCAAGGUGAAAUCCGCUCUUACAGGAGCCCAAGAGAUUGUCAGCGAUAUUACGUAUGCGUUGAUAACAGACCACGGCUACAAAACUGCGGCGAAGGAUACGCUUUUAGUGAAACAAUAAACGCAUGCGAUGCGGCUGAGAACGUCACCGGAUGCGAGCCUCCAGGUAUCUUGGACCGAAGAAUCGGACAAGUGCAACUAGUUUAAUCUCCUACAUUGUAUUAUACUGAACAAGAAUGCAUAGUAGACGUAUGCAGAAUUAAAAAUAUGUGCAAAAGCUCAACGUCAAAACAGCGGCCAUUAUAUUUAUUAAUUUUUUUUUUUUCGUUUGAAAUUUCAAUUUAUAGAUUUUCUUUCAUGAACCAGAUAAAGCUAUCUGCAAUAUUUUUCCCGUCUUUGAAAUCUAGUGAACUUCUGACUUCACUAAUAAACUGACUCAAUCUUAUCACUAGAUCUUGAGAAUAUAAAUUUUCGAAAUUGUAGUGUUUUUCUUUCACAAUUCUACCGUGCUGAAAAUUUUUCAAUGUUACAAAUUAUCAUCGGAACGCCGAAAUUUUAAUUAUAAAGUGUAAAUAAAGUGUAUAGUGAGUACAA